GGCAGAGAGGAGAGAGAGAAAGAGAGAGAGAAAGAGGGAGAGAGACAGAGAGAGAGAGAGAAGAGGAGAGUUGCGCUCAAAGCGCUUCAUCAGUUGGGACAGUAGGACGCAGGGACGUGUGGACACGGGGACAGGAAAAGCUUUCGGACCGCAACAUGGAUCAGCCCGAAUGUUUACUUUCUUCACUCUGCACCACAUAGGACGGCAAUCCAAACUCUGCCUCGAUCUUCCGAACCUCCUCUGGACUACUUCAGCAUCUCCGAGCGAAAACAAUGGAAGCGACGUUCAUGCUGUCGAUGGUUUUCUCCAUUAUCCUCAUGGGGAACGAAUUGACCAGGGCCAUGCUAAAUGACAUCGGUGACUAUGUAGGAACAGAUAUUGAGAUCUCCUGGUUGCCUAAUUUGGAUGAUUUAAUGAAGGGCUAUGCUCGAAACUUUCGUCCAGGAAUUGGAGGACCUCCAGUGAAUGUUGCCAUGGCUAUUGAAGUCGCCAGCAUCGAUCACAUCUCAGAAGCCAACAUGGAAUAUACAAUGACUGUGUUUCUGCGUCAGAGCUGGCGAGAUGAUCGUCUUUCUUACAACCACACGAACAAGACCCUGGGGCUGGACAGCCGUUUUGUAGAUAAACUCUGGGUUCCAGACACGUUUAUUGUCAAUGCCAAAUCGGCCUGGUUCCAUGACGUCACUGUUGAGAACAAGCUCAUACGGUUACAGCCUGAUGGUGUCAUCCUCUACAGUAGCCGAAUCACAUCCACAGUAGCCUGUGACAUGGAUCUAACCAAAUACCCAAUGGAUGAACAGGAGUGCAUGCUGGACCUUGAGAGCUAUGGCUACUCUUCUGAAGACAUCACUUAUUACUGGUCAGACAGCCAGAAACAUAUUCAUGGCCUGGACAAACUUGAACUGUCCCAGUUUACUAUCACAGACUACCGCUUUAUCACUGAGAUGUUGAACUUCAAAUCGGCUGGACAUUUCCCUCGGCUCAGUUUGCACUUCCAGUUGAGGCGGAAUCGAGGAGUGUACAUCAUCCAGUCCUACAUGCCCUCAAUCCUUCUGGUUGCAAUGUCCUGGGUGUCUUUCUGGAUCAGCCAAUCAGCUGUUCCCGCAAGAGUAUCACUUGGAAUCACUACUGUGCUGACUAUGACGACACUGAUGGUGAGCGCCCGCUCGUCCUUGCCACGUGCCUCCGCCAUUAAAGCCCUGGACGUGUAUUUCUGGAUCUGCUACGUGUUUGUGUUUGCUGCCCUGAUUGAGUACGCCUUCGCUCACUACAAUGCCGAUUACAGCAAGAAGGAGAAGGCCAAAGUUAAAGUCAAGAAGACUACAGAGUCCAUGGUGAAGAACGGAAAGCAGGCCAUGGUCCUCUUCUCGCUGUCAGUGACAGGCAUGAAUCAAGGCCUUGUGGUCUCUAACCGGCAGAACCGCGGCCAAACAGAGACACCGGUAGAGCCUCAAGAAGAGGCAGAAACAGUUAAGUCAGAGGGCAGCGAGGAGAGGAAGUGCUGCAAGUGCAAACCAAUCGACGCUGACACGAUCGACAUCUACGCAAGGGCUGUCUUUCCUUUCACUUUCGCCGUGGUCAAUGUCAUCUACUGGGUGGCUUAUACCAUGUGACAUACAGAUGCUAAAUAAACUGAAAUCUUGGAUUUUUACCUUAUGGGAUCAUUGCUUUUGUCAAACUAUGAAACUAUAAUCCUAAUGGUUGAACUCAGACUGCUUAGGUUUUGUGUGGCUCUACAUCUGAUUAAGCCAGUAAUCAAGAUGAGUACAUCUGGCAAGGAAAGACUUUUCCUUUCAACAAUCUCAGAAGAAAUUUAGUGGAAUUCGAGGAAAAGCUGUGGAGGGCUGCUGGUUGUCUCGCCUCUGCAACAUUACAUUGCCUUGGUUUCUAUUUAUGUGUUACUAUUAUAAUAUUUUAGAUAUUAUUUUGUGAACUGCAGUUCUUUCUCACCUAAAACCUGGGAUAAUUAAAUUGAACUACAUGAAUGCAUGGCUGCUGUUUUUGUUAUCAGUCAAGUUUCCUUCCAUUCUCUAGGUUUUGGUCUGCCCUUUACAUUCAUUUUAGUCCUUGUGAAAUUCUAUUCAAAGAUCUUCACUGAUUCGCUGAUAAUGACUUCAUAAUUACUUGAGCAAAUGACUGAAAUGUUGGACCAGCCAUGAUAUAAAGCCAUAGCUUAAAUAUGUUCAUUUACAAUUCCUACUUGCAUGUUAAUAUACUUAGUAAUGUAAACUUAGGUAGCCAAACUAGAUUUAUCCCAGACUAGCUGUAUUUCUAGGUAAAUUUUUGGUUUUAAAAUAGCUGCAAGGUAUUGAAAAUGAUCGACAUCCCAGAACAAGCAAUGUACGCAGAGGGUUUUAAGGCAAUCUUUCUUAAAUAAUUCAGCGCACACUUUUUCAUAUAGUUUUCUUUUUAAAUGAAAAAUACAUUGUAUUAAGUCUUUAUAGGGGUGACGACUGCUGCAAUAAAUUUGAGAGUGAUCAAAGCGUGUGAU